CAAGUGGAAAAGUCAUCAAUGAAGUAAAUUUUUAACGUGGAUCUGCAUGGAUUUACGUGAUUUUGUGGAUAGACACAGCGAAAAUUAAAAGGAUUAUUCGAGGAUUAUUAUAGGAUUUUUUAUACUCCUCAGAUUUGCCCAUAUCUGUUUCACUAGCUUCUUCAGUAUCUGAAAAAAUUUCAUCUUGAUCGUCAAGAUCCCGCUCGUCGUCUAAAUAAUCCUCGUUUUCUUCAUCCAUUUCGUAAUCUUCUUGGCCACAAGCUGCAGAAUAUGGUUAGUAUACAGUAUACACAGCAUCAGCAUCUAGUAGAACAUACAGCAUAGCAGAACUUGUAUAGAUUUCUGAGAUUUCUCUGCAUUUAUGAAUCUGAUGAUUUCUGCCUGUAUCUUGCGGAACUCUUGAAAGUUGGACACUGGAUUGGACUUUGAACUGAAUGAUGUUACGCGUCGCAAUGGAUCAAGUCGUGCGAGGUUUGGUCAGUGCCUCAAAAUCGAUUAUUAAAUGCCGUAGAUUAGAAGGAAAAGUUGCUAUUGUGACAGCUUCUACUCAAGGAAUUGGAUUUUCUGUAGCUCGACGUCUAGCUCAAGAAGGAGCAAAAGUGGUAAUAAGUAGUAGAAGAGAAGCAAAUGUAAAUAGUGCACUCGCACAACUCAAAGCUGAAGGCCUGGAAGUCUCUGGGGUUAUUUGUCAUGUUGGAAAAGAAGAAGAUAGACACAAACUUUUAAAUGAGACAAUCUCGAAAUACGGAGGCUUGGAUAUACUCAUACCAAAUGCUGCAGUAAAUCCAGCAGUAGGUUCAGUAAUGGAAUGCAGUGAAUCUGUUUGGGACAAGAUAUUUGAAAUAAAUGUUAAAAGUACUUUUUUGUUAAUGAAAGAAUCCCUACCAUAUCUGAGGAAAAGUAAAUCACCUUCAAUUGUAAUAAUGUCAUCAAUUUCCGGCUAUCAACCAUUUAGUCUACUUGGAGUAUAUUCUAUCACAAAGACCACUUUGUUGUCAUUAAAUAAAACUGUUGCUGAAGAAUUAGCUAGUGAGGGCAUUAGAGUGAACGCUAUUGCUCCUGGUGUUAUCAAAACUAAAUUUGCAAAAGCAUUGUAUGAGUCAGAGGAAGCUAAUGAAGCAACACUUUCGGUUAUUCCAAUGCAACGUUUAGGUGAACCUGAUGAAGUUGCAGCAGUUGCAGCAUUUUUAGCAAGUGAUGAUGCUUCAUAUAUAACCGGAGAAACAAUUGUAGCUGGCGGGGGUAUGAGAUCAAGACUCUAGAAGAUUUAGGUCGUGAUCAAAAUGCAGCAUAAAGCCUUAAAACUUUUAUAGCUAUGGACUUAGCAUUGAAGUAGGCUAUUUUGAUUACGACUAUAAAGAUAAUAAUAAGAUAAUUUUUUUUAUUUUGCACAUGUACAUAUUUUUGGUAAAGAAAUGGUUUAGGAUAGUUGUAAAUGAUUAUUAGGUUCCACAAAUAUUUUGGAAAAAAUAUUUUAUUUGUACAAAUAAAGAACUUAAAAUAUUUUUGUUAAAUUCAAUGCUAUGUUAAUUCUCCACAAGAAGCUAUUACAACUUUUUGUGUAGGAGUUCCACUUUUUGUACCAUAUUUUUC